AAAAUUGCCCACCAAUACAUUGUCAAUCGGAAGCGAAUGUCGUGCUUGAAAUUGCUGCGGGAGCGAAAAAUUGAAAGUUUUUGAGUCUCAGGAAUGAAGUAGAAAACUGCCCGCCCAAAAGGUGCUGCUGCGCAGCACCUUUUGUGAGAUCUUCGGUGAGAUCUUGUUGCAGAUUAUAAUGCGGAACUGAGAGGACUGAUGGAUGUUCGUGUAGGAGGUGAUUAGCAGCUGAUUGUGGCGGUCGCAAUGUUGUUGGUGUUGUGCAGAUCCCGUUAGACCCUGUGCCAUUGAGGCGGAAACAAUGGCGAGGGCUUCAUUCAUCGACGUUUUGCUGGCAAUCAUUUUGCCACCUUUAGGAGUGUUUCUGGCGUUCGGGUGUGCGGUGGAGUUUUGGAUAUGUCUGCUGCUGACCAUCUUGGGGUACGUCCCCGGCAUCAUAUAUGCCAUUUACGUUCUCGUCGGUUGAACAAAUCCACGAGCAAUCGGUUAGCAGAUUGUCCGCUCGAUGGCUGUCUCUGAGAAACUGGCGUGGGAGGAGAUUCCAUAUCAACAUAUAUUAGUAAACGAGUCCGUAAGCUUCGACUCUCGGAAGUUCGCGGUGAGAAUCGCUCUGGACGACCACUGCGAGCACUUGUUGGCCUGGGUGCGAAUCAUUCCGUGAGCACGACGAACUCUGUAUAGCAUGCUUGCAGCUCAUUUCCCGACCCUCAGCCCUAUAAGCCGUUUGGCGAUGCACCGAGUUGAGGAUCAUCGAUCAGCAAGCAUGUCGUCCGAAGGGUUUUCGACAUUUUGAAAAGUCAUCUUGUUAUCCGUCGUUUCGCAAUUUUUGUAGUCAGAUUGCUUCUCGCGGAUUUCAGUAAUGUCCUCGAAGUUAUUAGGCUGUUCUAUUAGCGCUCUCAGUAUACAUUCUGCACACACUGUACGUCCACCAUCGCCCUCAUUAAUGUGUGUCCAGGAGGCUCGCGUACCAUGCCCAUUGUCUCAUCGUCCAGAAAUAUGUACAGCUCUGUGUACUUAUUGCAGUGUAUUGAGUAACCCCACUAUCGAGAAUAGAUUUUGGGGGUGGAAUGGUAUAAAGGUUAAUUUGUUCCU